AUGGCCGCGCCCAUCAAGUGGAUGAUGCUGUUUAUGGUUGUGGUAAUAGGUGCAGCUGAAGCUGCCCCAAAAUUUAACGUUUCACCGGUAAGUUCUCGGCUCUGUUCAUUUUUGAAUGAUGCGGUUUACUAGUACAUCACUUGAUGAAACAUUAUUAUCUGAGAAGUUUUGCUGAAAACACAAUACGCGUAUCCGAUGAAACAUCAACACCGGAAGCAAAUGGUUCACAGGAAAUUGAAAUGGCCAGUUGGAAUUAUCGACGAUUUUGAUUAUAAUCAAGUGAUCUCAUUCCAUAAAAGAUAUAUUACAUUCCUUAAUUAUCAGCUUAAUUACGAUUAGGAACCAUUCAUUAUUCUCGAUGGGGGGAGGGGGGGAAAGAGGAUCAGAAAAGUUUUUUGGGGGGGUCAGAUGUUUUUCAGGGGGAACGGGAGGGGGUCAGUUGUCGUUAAAGGAGGAACUUUUAAAAAUUGAUUGCGAAAUCAUAAGAAUAUCACCGAGCCCCAAGGGGGGAGGGAACGAUCAGUUGAAUUUAAUCGUGUCACAUCUGAAAUCCUUCCUCCCCACUCAGGCGAUAAAUUAAGACUAGUAACUUGUUAUAGCCAGACUUAAUAAUUAUACUGCAAAAACUGAAAUUUGAGUACAAAUGUUAAUUAAAUUGAAAUUAAGCAGGAUUGCAACCAUCACAAUUAAAUCAUCACAAAGAGUUCUUUUUAGUCUCUACCGUUUAUUUCGAGCCCUCGCGGAGCACCACAAACCGUAUCAAGAAGUCAAAUUCCACAUCAGCCAAGGACUACGAGCCAUCCUUCCUUUUAAGUGAAGUUUGUUGCGCGAGUAAACAAAAUCAAAGAAAAAAAAUUGAUGUUAGCGCACUCCCACAGUUUAGAGAGGAGCGCUAUCAUCACUUUUUUUUUUAAUGCAAGCAGCGGACUUCGCCGAAAAGGAGAAACUCAUCGUAGACUACGUCAGCCUGUGUGGACAGGAUUUUCAGUGAUUCGGAAAGGAAAGUCAUAGAAGAACUCUCAUUGGGACGCUGGUCUAAAAGUUUUCGUGAUACCGCCAUAGUGAAUCAAGAAUAAUUCUGUGGUCGAGGUUUUCCCACCAUAUUGACUAAAAGUUUAUUUUCAUUGCAGAGAGAAACCAAGAACUAUGAGCAAGAUGAAAGUAAGUAGUAAGUUUUAAAAAAAUAUCUUGAAAUGCAAUAUAUUUUCAAAACUUCAACGAGCCACAGAAAAUUUUCCUUUUUUUUGGGGGGGGGGGCGUGGGGGUCUGAACCCUUUACAUCCUAACAUCGGUAUGUAAAGUCUCCAUACCCUUCCGCUAUACAUUUGAUAUGGUACUUACAUGGAGAAUUUGUCUAAUUAUCAAGAGUUUCUUGAGUUCGUGAUCAUUUCCUUUAUUCUCAUGACCUUAAUGUUUGAUUCAGGGAUGACAAAAUCGGGAGAAAUUAGAUGGCUACCACUCUUAAGGACUAAAAGGUUAAAGCAAGCAAUAUGUACACCAGAUCGAGAGGUCACUCUUUCGCACUGUUGUGCUGCACACAAUGCCUAUCUCAUCCCCCAAGAGUACAAAUUGGCACCGGCAUACUGUCUAAAAUACUGGAAGAUGGUCAGAGGGAUGGGGGGUGGUAAACCUAGUUAGACUAGCCCUCCAUCCAGGGGGAGCUGGUGUAGCAAAAUUCCUAGUCACUUCUUCUUCUCACAAUUCUACUUGAUCCUGUGUAUGUCUUAAUGGUUAGGAGUUAACCAGUUAAAAAAAAUGUGUACCAUGUAACUUGAUAUUGUUCGUUCCUGCUUUAUGACAUCCCUUCUAAUAAUAAGUCUUAAUUUCGCCUUCAUUUGUUUCUUUGUUCAGGUCUACUUGAAAAGCUGGACAGCAACGGUGAUGGAUUUGUCUCUGAGAGUGAACUCAACAAGUUUAGAAUACAAUGGAACGAAGUUAAGGUUUACGACCUUAACAGUAAGUAUGGCCUUUUACACUUGUUAACCCCUUAAACCCUGAGAGUGACCAGCAUCUAAUUUCUCCUUACAAUAAUACUGCUAAGUCAUUCAUUGAGAUAACAAGAAUUAAAGAAAUAAUCUCCAGGCUCUGAUUGUUAAACGAAUUCUCCUUGUCAGUACCAAAGAGAAUGUGCAGAGAAGAGAAUAGAGAAUAUCAGUGCUCAUGUCAGGAUGUGACGGGUUAAGGGUUGGAAGGGUGAGCGUUUGAUUGAGCCUCCUAAAACAGGUGCAUGAUAAAAAAAAUAGGUCCGCAAUGGGAAACAGGUGUUCAGUUCUAGAAUUUUCAGUUUAUGUCUUGAAACCAGUAUUUUCUGAAUUUCUUGUAAGUUCUGAACAAGUCCUCUACUAAUUUUAGUCUUUUACCCAAAAGAGGGGAGGAUACUGUCGACAAAGUGUGAGAGCAAAUUUGUUGUUAUCGUUCAGGAAUGAAUUUCUGUUUAGUGUGUUUCAUUUAAACCUUAACACCCUAACAUCAGUAUGCAUAUUCUCCAUACUGUUCUUUGUGCAUUUCCUAAGGUGCUGACAAGAAGAAUUUGUUUAACAAUCUAGCGCUUCUUAAUUGAUGAUCAUUUCCUUUAUUCUCAUGACCUGAAUGUGUUAUUCAGGGGUGAUAUUGUGAGGAGAAAUUAGAUGGAAGUUACUCUGAAUGUUGAGAAGCUCAGUCUUUAUGGUUUUCUUUCCGAAGAUGACAAAAAAUUAAGUGAAGAGGAACUGGACAUCCUGCAGGCAGUUUCCAAAAACGUCAAAGAGACAAAUUACCUCAAUCACUUUAGGGAAGCUGACAAGAACCAUGAUGGAUAUGUCACAGCCGCAGAGCUGAAAUCGCGAUUCCAAGCUCUUGGAAAAAGCUAUACUUCGCAGCAAAUGAUUAAUAUUAUCAAUAGCAAAGACCAAGAUGGAGAUCAAAGGUUUAACUACAAAGGUAAGAAUUCACCAUUUAAAUUUAAAACAGAUACAUGCAGCGAGUCAGGAAAUUUAGAGUUGUUUUUACAAGGACUGCAAAAAAUAAUCUUAAAAAAAAUGUGACGUAAAAAUACCGUGAUGUAUGGUUCACCAUAAUUUAUGCAGUUUUUUCAAUGUGUGCUAAGUUAAGCUACGCAAAAUGUUUUUACCAAACGACAACCAAGUAGCUACAGCGUGUUAAAUGCACGAAAGGGAAAAUAAAGAGCUGAAGCGCAGUGGUUCAGGAAAACGGCAAACACUGAAAUUUUGUGCAAAUGCUUUCUGCCGUUUGCUUAGUAAACUGAAGAGAUUUGCAUAUACUGCGAACAAGAUGUUUGCAUUUGUAGACCUCUAAGGAUGAUGGGAUCGUAGGAAAAUUUGCCAAAAUCAGAGUUCAAUUUUUGCACUUUGCCAUUUGCCCUUGUCAUAAAGUCAUUAGUUGAUGAUGGUCUUGGAAAGUCCACUCGUGGCUAAGGGACGUGUAUCUUGUUCAGUGUAUGGGCUACAGACAUACGACGACAAAAUACUUCUUUAACUUUCAUCGUAACUCUAUGUUAUUUUUCCAGUUACCUUUAGUUUUUUUUGGUUUGGAUGCAUCUUGUUGUUUGUUUUUUUCUGUAUUUCAACCAUAACGGAAAGACUUCUUUGAAUGAGAGCUGAUUAUCUUUCCUGGUAGAAAAGGCUGGGAUUUAAUUGUUGUGAAAUAGAAAUAGUCUUAUAGAAAGAUUUUUUGCGUCUUGUCACGAGUGUGAGACAAAGAAAAAAUUCUGAGUCCUAAGCUCGUGACAAGACGAAAAAAUCUUCCUCUAUUUCUUUACCGAGCUCAAACCUCACCAUCUUUCUAUUCUAUUCACAAAAAUGGCCUUCUCUGUCUUUUUUCAUUAACCUCACAUAAAAACCUUUAAACUCUGGCAAUGAUCCCCAUUUCUUUCUUUCUUUUUUUUUUAGAGUUUAAAAAAGCGUUGUUUAACGCGGUGUGAGAUCUGAAGGACCCCAGAUCACCCUGAUGUGUCCUCAGCAUUGUGAUGCAGUGAAGGAAGAUGAUUCAGAUCUUUUCUUGUGAAAACUGCUUACCUUCCAGCUUAUCUGAAAGGUUAAUAAAAUAGUGGUGCAGUAUUCUAGACUGUUAUUAUUUUUUUCCUUUUUCCAUUGGUCUGUGAAUUGCGUAGGCAACUGCCCACCUACCCCUCCCCUAAGCCAACAACAGUCUAUUGAUAACAAGUUAGGGUUAAGUUAGGGUUAAUGUUGGGUUAGGGGAGGGGUAGGUGAGCAGUUGCCCAGAUACUGAUAUUGAUCCAAAAUAGCUUUAACCCCUUAACCCCUAAGAGUGAUUAGCUUCUAAUUUCUCUUUACAAUAUCAGCCUUGCAUUACACAUUAAGUUAAUGAGAAAAAAGUAAAUGAUCACCACCAAAAAGCAACUCUUUCUUGUUAGGCAAAUUCUCCUUGUCACUGUCAUACGAAAAUUAUAGAGAACAGUGAGUUUAAUUGUUGCUGGUGUACUUGGUUACAACCUUGAUUCCUUUGCUGACGGCGUUUUUAGCCAGUUCACCGGGCAGAAGCAGCCUGAUGGCAGUCUGGUCCUCGCGAAAACUGGUGGUCGAUUUCUUGUUGUAGUGGGCAAGGCGAGAAGAUUCCUUGGCGAUGCGCUGUCGUUGACGAACGAGUUCACGAUGCCCAUGGCUUUGCUGGAGAUACCAGUGUCGGGGUGAACUUGCUUCAACGCCUUGUAGAUGUAGAUAGCAUAGCUUUCCUUUCUCUUUCCUCUCCUCUUCUUCUUUCCAUCAGCAAUGGCUUUAGCGGUAAAGGUAACAUUAAGGGAACCAAGUCUGGGAGCCGCUCAUCCCGAGUAGGGCUUCAAUUUCCAGUGGGUCGAAUCCACCGUCUUCUCCGCAAAGGCAAUUACGCUGAGCGAGUUGUGGAGCGCCUAUGCUCCGGUGUACUUGGCUGCCGUGCUUGA